AUGUCGUUGCUUGACCUCCCCCUGGAACUCUUGAUACAGGUCGUACAAGAAACGAUCCCAGUGGAUUUUGAAGCUGCUGCCCUCUCCUGUAAAGCCAUGUUUGCUGCCAGCGCUCCUUUUCGGGAGCAAUAUACCACUCGACGGAAACGGUUUCAAAACUUUGAGUUUUCAAAAAAAGUCGAAGAAAGGCCAGAAGGAGCGGAGGAGCCCGGCUUAGUUGACCGUUGGGAUGAAAUUACCCAGGAGACGGGCAUCAAGAUUGUGACCACACGGGAGCUACUGGAACAAAUCGCACUGGAUCCUUCUGUGGCGCGAUACAUACAAUCCAUUGACCUUAGAGAGCAUGGAGAUGACGAGGAAGAUGAAGAAGUGAUAAACUCCCUGGAAGCCGAGGUACCUAAAGCUCUAAGGGACUUGGUACUUACGUCGCCUUUUGUUGAGGCCGUUGGGGGAAAUCCCGAUGAUUGGGUUGGAAGAAUUCGGGAGUCCACAGUAGAUGCAGACGUCUUUCUUCUGACAUUGCUAUCACAAGUGCGCGAAAUAGCUUUACAUCCACGCUGGGGCGAAGUGGAACCUUCUGAUACGCGUCUGUGGCCGGUCCUCAAUCUGAUUACACACCGGGCAAAUCACCAGGAGGAAUUCCCCGAUGCCCCCUUGUCAAAGCUCUCGGUCGUGCAGCCCUCCCGUGACAUGGGCUAUGAGGAGAAGUCCCCAUUGACACCAUUCGUACCAUUACUAGCGAUCAAUUCCGUGUCCGAAGUCUACUUGGGUAGCUGCGUCUUCAAGGAUGACGGGUACACUGGAUACGCCUUCGACCCAUUGGUGGAAUGCUAUAGCACAAACUUGCGGAAAUUGCGUAUAGAAUCCUCUGUUGCUGGCUCAAGAGAGCUAUCACAGCUACUCUCGCGAAUCCCAAACCUGGAAAGCCUUGAGUUCUCUCAUGAGACCAAGUGGCAUGGCUGUGGUUAUAACUGGAACGUGGGUGCAUUUUUGGAUACGGUGCAAAAUAUCUGUGCAAAGACACUCAAGGAAUUGUCGGUGACAACUCUCACAGAGUGGUGUAAUAGAGGGGCCACGCUGGUGGAUAUGACUCGUUUUCAAAAGUUGGCAGUUCUUGAUUUAGGCGUCGAUAUGUUGUGUGGUCCGGCAUAUGAUCCGUCGAUGAGAGAUAUGGAAUGGGAUGAAACUGAGUCGGUUGGACAUCCAGCCUGGCCCAAACUGAUCGAGCUGUUGCCAGCGUCUAUUGAAAGGUUCGACUUGUAUCUCGAGACGUUUGAUGAUGAUCAUCUGAAGUGCAUCUCUCAUUUGAUUGAGGGCCUUUCAGAUGCUCAGACCACAAAACUGCCCCAUUUAACUAAACUGAGCCUUUUUGUACGUAUGGAUUCCCCGAGAAUUCCAGACAUAGCACUUGAGGUUUUGAAUGCUGCGAAGGCAAGUGGGUUCUCAAUCCUGAAGUUUGCUACCUCCAUCCCUCUUUUAUAA